AUGAGAUUGUCACUUGUACCUGCGUCCAAUGGCUCCGUGAGUGGGACAUCUGAUCUUGAUUAUAUGCGGGCUCCCAAACACAUUCGAUCAAUACUCCGACUUCUUGGAUCCCCAACAGAUCACAUCAGAGCUGGCUUCACGCCUUCGACCAAGGCAAAGAGGGUGCCGUAUUGGUACAGAGUCCUGAUUGACCCAUUUCCCCCAUCCUUCGACCUUGUUGCGCCGGUGCUGUCCCAAGUCCAGGCCCAGGCUCAGGCCCUACUAAUCACAAUAUCACCCCAAUGA